AUGACUUCUUUUUCUCCUACCUAUGGUCACCUUGAAGCUAACAUCAAGCAAUAUCUACCAGACCAGAUUACAUCGAACGAUUACAGUAGGUGUCUUUGUCGAAUGCACAAUUCUGUGACUGACAUCCAGAGGCGGGAGUUCAAAGCGGUCGUGCCAAAACUGAAGGCUUUUCAAGAUAAAGCUGGGAAGCUCCUUCACUACACUUUUUGGCAGCUUGAGGACGAGCUCAAAAAAUUGAACUCAAUGGACGAGGCCUUCAGAAGUCAAAAGGAAUUGCUGGAACAAAACCAGCGUGGGUUUGAGGUCAGGGCCUCCAUGGUGGUCGGGCAAAUUGAAGAAGUGCAAAAGGAGCUGGAGCAGCUCAAGCAAGAUCUUAAUAUUUACAAAGAGAACAUGGCUGUCAACCAGUCGAAAAUUGUCCACUGUGAAUGUAAUCUGUCGGACAAUGACAAACAGGUUUCAGCUGUCCAAGGAGUCAAGCAUUUUCGCCCAGAAAAUAGCCACCUCGAAAACAGUAACCUAUUUCUAACUCAGCAAUAUCUGAUUGGCCACAAGGCUGGUGUCUUUUCCGACAUCUUCAGAAGCUGGAAAUGGGAUCAAUUACAGAAGGCUGCAAGAAAGUUACAGUCUCUCGGGUUGUCCACCAACGAGCAAUUUUUGGCUAUUACAAAGCAUACGCCUGCCUUCGAAAGAAAAUACGGCUAUGUCCAAACAGUCAGCAACGUCAGAGUCAAAGGCGGAAGACUCGAUGAAGCGAAAGUGAAAUUCGCUGCGAUGCUAGGUCUGGCGAUAGAAGAGUGUCCUGUGCUUUUGAGCUACCUCAAAGGUGAUAGCCCAAGUCCCGAUUUCGGUCAAAUUGAAGUCCAGGCUGCCGGAUAUCUUCAGCCGCCUUCAGGCCACAAGCAACUCCAGUCGCCUUCUACCUGGGUCGCAAAUGGGAUGCUUUCUACCCCUGGCAAUAACGCGACUGCGCUCACGCCAGGCCGCACUGAUGGCGAAAAGUCGAUCCAAGAUCUGGCAAAGGAGAUUGAAAGUCUCACAGCAAAGAAACGUGAACUUGAACGACAGCAAGAAAUCUCACCCUCAAAGACCAAGAGACGCAGAGUCUCCACCUCCUUGUACCAUACGUCACCAUUGGGACAACGCAACCUCUCCCCCUCCUUUCAAAACUCGGCUGGAGACAGGGAUGUCACAAUCACUCCGUCUCUUGCUAAGAGAAAUUAA